AAUCCGCAAGAUUAGGCCAGUUUUUGGCACUGUUCAUUACAGGUUUUUUGGUCUGUGAACCGGCACGUCAUCUACCAUAACAACUUGUCCAUUAAAUAUACAUUCUUUUCUACCAUGUGAGUAAACUUAAAGAGCUUUGAUUGUCGAUCUGGCCAACUUAUUUCCGCUUACCGGUAAUCGUCUCACUCUCCGAUGAUAAUCAUGAUAAUCGCACAGUAUUUGACUUGAUUAGGAUAACAUCUGAGCCAUUUUUUUAGAAAGGCAUAUCCACAAACUUCACUGUCUCUAUCCUUGAGGCAUAUAAGGAUUAGACCUAAAAACACAGGCUCUAUUAGUGACUCUGUGUACCCACAACGACUUCCUAAGAUCACUGACUCGGAGUGCCCCAAAUCCUCAUGGGUCUACGUAACAACGGGCGAUGCUGAUCCAAAAAAUAUUCGAUAAAACACAACCCUAUUGAAUUGUUCUGAAGGAGGCUGGAAGGUUACUUUAGUUCAAUAGGUAGUAGAUGGGAUCAAUCUAGGUGCUACACUUCAAUCACAUCUUUUACUGACCAAUUUGUUUUUCCUCUUCUUGUGAAGGAAAUGUAACAGGGACCACGCCUUUACGUAACCACUAGUUCGUAUCAGCUACUCAAACGCAUAUACCGAGUAACCAACAAUUCACUAAAUCUGCUAAAUAAAUUUGAAGUUGAAGCUUGAAAUAUGUAAUCCUGUACUCUGGAUUGAGGCCGCGUGUUUUGUUAGUUUGUUGACACUAUCAACUUCUUGUUUGUAUUAUCAUAUUGUCUUAAUCUCACGCUUGUGUUACUUGUGUUUGCUUGCAUUCGUUUUCUUAAUUAAGUUUAAGUGCAUUCUUUGCGUAUACUGAGUGGUAGAUUAUCUGGAGCCCACUGCUCCUCGCACUUCCCCUGCACACAAGGUAUCUUCAGGUUAAACUCAAACCUACCAAAGACGCAACUUUGUAUGUGUAAUGGACUUUAAAUCUCAUCCUGGUACUUCCGGUCAUGAUUGUCGAGUUGUUUUGGUCGCUCGCUACCACUGAUUGUUAUCGAUUAGCUCAUUACUAAAUCUUCCUUAUCAACCAGAUCUAUAUCAUUUCAUGCUAACAUCUAAACUGGUGAAUAUUUUUGACAAUUCAAAUGAGUCGUGUCUUAAGAUCUAGUAUCAGAGAAAAUAAGUCAGAGCAAGUCAUACCUCGGAAACAACGAAAUGAAAGAGUUUUUUCUGCAAUCCCCUCAGUAUCUUCCAGCUCAACGGGAACUCCAGGAAGUCGUCUCACUCAGCGAAGACGACCGAGUCCCCCUGAUUCUUGUAGAAACGUAACAUCUGUCGGUUGUGAAUCUUUUAACUUAAGAGAUCAAAGCAAUAUAUCGGAUAAAUUGAAUACUUCCCUUGACGAUCAAAAAGAAACCCAUCCACCUGUGGUAUUUGAUUCACAUAUUACACAAUGUAAGGUCAAUUUCUCAGCCAACUCUGCAACUCAGGUUGCGGAAUCUAGUCCACUGAUUGUUGGAAGAGCAAAUGAGAUCAGUCGUUUGACAUCUCUGAUUCAGUCUUGUAUAGACACGAAGAAAAGUGCUAGUUUCUAUGUAAGUGGGGCCCCAGGAACUGGAAAAACAGCAGUUGUUCUGAAUGUUGUUCAAAAUUUUAAAACGUUUGGCAGAUGUAAUACUGCUGUGAUUAAUUGUAUGCAAUUAACGUCAUGUGCAGAUAUUUUUGGACGAAUAUCUACUGUUUUAGAAGCUCACAAUGGCAAGGAAAAUAAUUUUAUUAGCGAUGCUGAUUCAUUGGAAUGCGUUUUGAAUCAACAACCACAAAAAAAGACCAUUAUCCUAGUUUUAGAUGAAGUGGAUCAGUUAUCUACGCGUAAUCAGAAGUUACUCUACAGAAUUUUCGAAUGGCCAUCAAAACUUACUUGUCACACCAUUGUUAUUGGAGUAGCAAAUGCCUUAGAUUUACCAGAACGUUUGCUGCCACGUUUGAAAUCAAAAGUUUACAAACCUAUUCAUAUUAUAUUUCAACCAUAUUCACAAUCUGAGCUUGCUGAAAUUGUCCAAGCUCAUUUAUCCAAAUCAUCAAGUCGUGGACCAUGUAUAGAAGCUCUUGCUAUACAACUAUGUUCUAGAAAAAUUGCUGCUUCUACAGGGGAUGCACGUACUGCACUAGAUAUAUGUCGCAGGGCGAUUGAUUUAGCCCAUCAAGAUGCUCGGAUGAAAAACAUAUCUGACGCGUUUAUUCCUCAAAAGGUGGCGACUGAUUCUCACAUUACACCUUCCAUCCAGCAUAUAAGUAGGGCUUUAAAGGAAUCUCAGGUUGAUUCUCCUCUUCCUGUUAAAUCGUUUACUGGCGUUAAUACAUUUACUACUAAUGGCUCUGAGCUGCCAUUACACCAUAAGCUUCUACUGGCUAGCUGUCUUCUGUUAAGAAAACAAAAAGGUUUACGUGAAUUAUCGUUUAGCCUACUUUAUGAUACGUACAUUCUUAUAUGUAAGAAAAAACAAAUUACAAGUUUAAAUGAAUCUGAACUCUCCGCUGUAUGCGAUCUUCUUGAUUCUCGUGGAUUUAUUCAACUUACUGGUCCGCGUUACUCAGUUAAAGCUACAGUGGGUACACCAGCACGUUUAAGACGUAUCCGAUUACGUUUAGAUGAUUGUGGUGUCCAACAAGCUUUGAUGGACGAUUUCCUGCUGUCAUCAGUAAUGGAUAUAAAAUUACAAAAGUAAUUUUAUAUUUAAUCAUAAUUUAUCUGUAUAUAUUUAUCUAUAUGUUUCACUGUUGAACUAAUCAAAUACGCUCUUAUUUCGUAUAAUUUUUCCCAUGUAAGUGUUUCGACUUAAAUUCGACAGUGUUUGUUUUCAUUACAGAUGAGAUCAUAUUUUUAAACUUAUGAAAGUCCUUGACAAUUAUUUUUGUAAUCUAUGCACUUAUGAAAUAUAAAGAUGUUUUAUCUGUUCUCCAA